AUGGUAACAUUUGUUGUAAUGGCGCUUUAUUUACUUUUCGCCACUAUCAAACACGCGCUUUAUCUGUUAGGGAAUUUACAGACAUAGAAAACCAUCGUAAGCAUGUGAUUUAGUGGUUCUGUCGGGGGAAAUGGACUGCAGUGGACUGGACUCGACGAAGAAAAUCACAACCUCAAAGUUUCUCAAUGAAAUAACCGAGAUUUAUAAAGAUAUUAGAGAAGAGUUGACGCAAUCAGAGAGCAGUGUUGAGUCAGUGGAGAAGACAGUGAUUCUGCUUAAAGAGAAAGCAGAAAGAGGAGAUUCUCAAGCCGCCUUCCUCCUGGGAAGGCUCCACUAUGAGGAGGGCCGCUACGCAGAAGCAGAGAUCAUCUUUGAUGGCAUUAAAGAUGAAGAUCCUCGAGCUCUCUAUCAGCUGGCUGUCAUAUAUUACGAUGGCCUUGGAACCAAAGAAGACCUUGGCAAAGCAAUUGAGUACAUGAGAAGAGUUGCAUUCUGGGAUUCCUCUGAGGUGGGCUCUGUCAGACACGCGGCGCUGUAUAACCUGGGCAGGGCGUAUCUGGAGGGUUAUGGUGUCCAGGCGUCCAGCGCUGAAGCAGAGUGGCUUUGGCUCCUGGCAGCUGAUGAUGGGAACCCGAACGCUAGUGUGGAAGCGCAGUCGUCUCUGGGCAUGUUCUACUGCAGACCGGAGAGCCUCGACCUCAGAAAGGCGUUCUCGUGGCACUCGGAGGCGUGUGGGAACGGCAGUCUGGAGUCUCAGGGCGCUCUGGGCGUCAUGUAUCUGUACGGUCACGGAGUGCAGAAGGAUCCAGACGCGGCUCUGUUCUGUCUGAAGGAUGCGGCGGAGAGAGGGAACGUCUACGCUCAAGGCCACCUGACGGCCUGCUACUACCACCGCAAGCUCUACUCCAGAGCAGCCGCCCUGGGAGAAAGAGUGUGUGCAUACGAGGACAUCAGUGCUAUAGCGCGGCACACGGGCUGUCUGGAGGAGUUCACCAGGAAGGGCAUCGCUAUAGCCAUGUUUUACUACGCCCGCUGCCUUCAUCUGGGCCGGGGGAUCCUGCAGAACAGAGACAGAGCAAAAAGCUACUUCACACAGGCUGCCAGGAUCGAUCCGGAGAUCUGUCAGGAGUUGCAAAUGGACGUAGUACACGGCAGGAUAUGAAUCACACGUGCAACAACAAUCACUCAUUUAAUCUCACUGAAGUUUAGUAUUAUUUCAAUGUGAUAUAAGGAUGAUACAAAGGAAAAUCUUGCAAAAACCUAGUUUAAAAUGUGCCAACUUCUUAUAAAUAUAAUCUUUAUAUUCAAGUCA